AUUACCGUAUUUUUCGCUUCAUAAGACACACCUACAGUAGAUUUUAGAGGAGGAAAACAAAACAAAUAUUUUGAACCAAUGGACUGCAGACACGGUACAAGAGAUGACCAGAGACUGCGGACACAGUACAGGAGAUGACCGGAGACCGCGGACACGGUACAGGAGAUGGCCGGAGACCGCGGACACGGUACAGGAGAUGGCCGGAGACCGCGGACACGGUACAGGGGCUGGCCGGAGACCGCGGACACGGUACAGGGGCUGGCCGGAGACUGCAGACACGGUACAGGAGAUGACCAGAGACUGCAGACAUAGUACAAGAGACGGU